AUGUAGAUGUCUGAUAGUGAAUUUUUUGCUGAUCUUAAAUACAGACUUGAUUAUUUAAAAAAGUAAGAACUUAUGGGUGUUGAUAUUCAUGACAGAAAUUUAGAAUCAAGUUAUUGUGAAUCUGAAAUUGACCCUGAAUUAGAUUCUAUUUUAACUAAACAAGGUUUGGUUAAAAAAAAAUAAUAGAUUCAAAAUCAAAACUAAUUAAGCAUGAAACUUAAAAUGCUCAAGAAUAUUAAAAUUAACUUUAAAGAACUUAGAAUAUAAGAUUUUGAAAUUCUUUCUACAUUAGGUAUUUAUUAUUAUAUUAUUAUAAAUUAGGGACUGGAACUUUUGGUAGAGUUAGAUAAGCUAAGAUUAAAGGAGAUCCUGAGAAUAAAGUUUAUGCACUCAAAAUUUUAAAAAAAACAGAAGUAGUUAGACUCAAUUAAGUUGAACAUAUAAAAUCAGAAAAAGACAUUUUAACAUUUAUAGAACAUCCAUUUAUUGUAAAAAUGAAAACAUCCUUUCAAGAUUAAUUCUAUAUCUAUAUGUUAUUUGAAUAUAUUUAAGGAGGUGAAUUAUUUAGUAGAUUAAGAAAGGAAGGUCGAUUUGCUAAUGAUGUUUGUUUAUUUUAUGCAACUGAAAUAUUGACUGCAAUUAUAUAUAUGCAUAAAAUGUAAAUAGUGUAUAGAGAUCUUAAACCAGAAAACUUAUUAAUAGCUAAAGAUGGACAUGUUAAAAUUACAGAUUUUGGUUUUGCUAAAAAGAUAGGAAAUGGUAAAACAUAUACUUUAUGUGGUACUCCUGAAUAUUUGGCUCCAGAAAUUAUUAAAGGUUCCAAAGUUGGUUAUGGAAAAUCAGUAGAUUUAUGGGCUUAUGGUAUUUUACUAUUUGAAAUGUUAUCAGGGUAAUUAUAAUAUAUAAUAAAUAGAUAUCCACCAUUCUAUGAUAAUGAACCUAUUGGAAUUUAUAAGAAAAUCUUAUCUGGACUCAUAGAAUUUCCUAAAUUUUUUGAUAAUAAAGUAAAAGAUCUAAUAAGAAAGCUAUUAAAUCCAGAUAUUUAAAAUAGAUUAGGAUUUAAUGAUGUAUAUAUAUAUAUUGAUAUAUAAUUAGAAUGGAGAUUCAAUUAAGAAACAUAAAUGGUAUAGAGGUGUUGAUUGGACACGUGUAGAAAAUAGAUAAAUUCCUCCUCCUUGGGUCCCUUACUUAAGAUCAGAGGAUGAUGUUUUUUGGUUUGAAAAGUAUCCUGAUUCUACUGAUGUUCCAAAAUAAUUACCUCGUGAACUUUAACAUAUGUUUGAUGAUUUUUGA